UACUAAUGCCUUUACACAGUGUAUGUUUCUAUUCCUCUUUUAGUUGAAAUUCAGCUUCCAAACAUCCAUUCUGUCUGUCAAAUUUGACUCAUACUCAGGUUAUUUUGUUGACACAUCAUGUUUGUGAUGCAGAUCAUCUGCCUGCUCAUGCUUGUCCUCGGCACAGCGAGGGCCGAGUGCCCCUCUGACUAUGAGGUCGUUGGGUCCAAGUGCAUCCACCGCUUGAUCGGAGGAUAUCUUACGUACGACAACGCGGUCACUUACUGCCACGAGAUCUCCGGCAGGCUGCCCGUACUGCCUGACUGCGCCACCUUCACCAAUGUCGCCACUUAUGUCGACGAUGGCUACUCAGCGGACGCCUACAAGGGCUACUGGUUAGGCGCCACCAGCCCGUCCGCCAAUGGCGUCUGGCAGUGGAGCGACGGCACCGCCGUGGCCAUGGGCGCUCCGUACUGGGCCUAUCAUUCUUCGAACGGUUCAUUGGUGGAACCUUGUUGCAACCCGGAGGCGGAGAACUGCGCUAACAUUCUACCGAGUGGGGGCUGGACAGUUCAAGAUGUCAGAUGUGACGUUGAGAGAGAAACUUAUCCCUUGUGCUCAAAAGCUCCAAUAGAUGAUCACUUCGCUGUGCACCUCUACCUCUACCACUUCGCUGUGCACCUCUACCUCGAAGAGCAAGGGUUUGAGAUCACUUUGUUGCGUACCUUGCCCUCGACCAGCAUGGGCCACGACCCUCUUGGAUAUUGGAUUGGCGUCUCUGACGAAGUGCUGGAGGGGCAGUGGCGCUGGAUUGACGGUUCACCUCUGUCCUUGGGGCUGCCGUACUGGGGAACGAGUGGUGGAGGGACGCUGGAGCCCGACAACCCCGGCGUGGAGAACUGCCUGGAGCUGAGCUCUGCCUUCAUGUACCGCUUUAGCAGCACCGCGUGCAGCAACGUGCGACGUGUCAUUUGCGAGGCUGACCCCGUCUAG